AUGUCCCUCGGGGGGACCACAGGCGACAACACGCGCCUGCUUCGGAAGGCUCCAGAGGAGGAGGAGGAGGAGGAGGAGGAGGAGGAGGAGGAGGAGGAGGAGGAGGAGGAGGAGGAGGAGGAGGAGGAGGAGGCGAUGCAGGCGGAGGGCGUGCGGGAGGUGGCCGUGGCAACUGGCCUGGAGGUGCUGUACCAGGAGACCCCCAACUACCGCGGAGCGGCAGCCGAGGCUGACCGCAUGAUCGAGCCAAGGGAGACGUCUAGGCAUGCCUGGCGAGUGCCAGAUCUGGGCGUAGAGCCUGUUGCUAGUGCUGCAGAGGAGGCGGUUACUGAGGGGGGCAUCACACAGGCAACACGCGCGCGGGGAUCAUCGAUGGGGCCGCUUUGCGCCGCGGCGACGGGUAGGCGCGGCGACGUUACGAUGGUGGCGAGAGCGGCGGUGGUGGCGCUGGUGGUGGCGCGCUGCUGCAUGCCCCUCGCACGCGCUGCUCCCGUCGUGGACGCCGAGAGUAAGCCUCUAUAG